CGCCACGCUCAGUUCUCUGGAGACAUCCUGACCUAGAAUCUGUAUCACUCCCAGCAAGGAGGCUUUGGGGCGAACGGUCCAGGGAGAAGAUAGGUGACUCCAGUGUCUGUCUUCUUGCCUGCUGGGGUGCGACAGGUGUCACCCAGGCCUCUGUGCUCACUGGGGGGCCGUGGAAAGCUGAACUCACUUGGGUAGAGCCAUACCUUCUGCCUUUUCUCCGGGAAGCCAAGGGGAGAGCUUGUGAUGAAGUCAGUAAACCACAGCCUCCACAGCGAGCUGCGCUCAGGCAACAGCAGCGGCUUUUGGGUCUGGGCCAGGACACAUAUCUGACAUGCCCUACCUUAAACUGCUCACAGACUCUCGCUCUGAGGCAUGGACCAAAGAGAAAUUCUGCAGCAGUUACUGAAUGAGGCCCAGAAAAAGAAGAUUAACAAGGAGGAAUUUGCCAAUGAAUUUCUGAAGCUGAAAAGGCAAUCUGCCAAGUACAAGGCAGACAAAACAUAUACUACGACUGUGGCUCAGAGGCCCAAGAAUAUCAAGAAAAACAGAUACAAGGAUAUUUUGCCUUAUGAUCACAGCCUGGUAGAGCUGUCUCUGAUAACUUCUGAUGAUGAUUCCACCUUUAUCAAUGCCAACUUCAUUAAGGGUGUCUAUGGACCCAGGGCUUAUAUUGCCACCCAGGGUCCUUUGUCUACAACUGUCCUGGACUUCUGGAGGAUGAUCUGGGAAUAUCGUGUCUUGGUCAUUGUCAUGGCGUGUAUGGAGUUUGAAAUGGGAAAGAAAAAGUGUGAGCGCUAUUGGGCUGAGCUAGGAGAGACGCCGCUGCAAUUUGGCCCCUUUUCUAUAUCCUGUGAAGCUGAGAAAAAGAAAUCUGAUUAUAGGAUCAGGACUCUGAAAGCCAAGUUCAACAGUGAGAUUCGCAUUAUUUACCAGUUUCAUUAUAAGAACUGGCCAGACCAUGACGUGCCUUCGUCUGUAGAUCCCAUCCUGGAGCUCAUCUGGGAUAUACGUUGUUACCAAGAAGAUCACUGUGCUCCCAUUUGUGUUCAUUGCAGUGCCGGCUGUGGAAGGACAGGUGUCAUUUGUGCUAUUGAUUAUACAUGGAUGUUGCUGAAAGAUGGGAUAAUUCCUGAGAAUUUCAGUGUUUUUAACUUGAUCCAGGAAAUGCGGACACAGAGGCCUUCACUAGUUCAAACUCAGGAGCAAUAUGAACUGGUCUACAGCGCCGUGUUAGAACUAUUUAAGAGGCAUAUGGAUAUUAUCUUUGAUAAUCACUCUGGAAGAAAGAUUGAAGCAGAGUUUUCAAUUCCUGAACAAAAUCUCACAGUACAAGCUGACUCUUGUCCUUCGGAUUUAACAAAAAACGCAAUGAAAGAUGCAAAAAUGACAACCCAACAGGGCAAUCAAAGGGCCGAAGAGGCGAGUGCAGAUGCUCCUUCCUUCAGCUUUAGGACUUGUGAGAUCAGUGCCAAGGAAGGGGUGGUUUUGAGCUCGGCGAAAUCAAGUCCUUUAGACCUUCUUGAGCUAAACUGUGGGUGUACCAAGAAGGCUGUCAUAACCAGGAAUGGGCAGGCAAAGGCAUCUCCAGUAAUGGGGGAACCCCUUCAGAAGUAUCAAAGUUUGGAUUUGGGUUCCAUUUUGUUUGGGUCCUGCCCUAGUGCUCCACCUAUUAUUAACACAGCAGGUGGGUGUCCCGAUUCGAGACAGCCAGUGAUACGGACCAAAUCAACCCCUUUUGAACUGAUUCACCAGAGAAAAACAAACGAGUUGGACAUAGAAGACGGUUCUUCACGCUUGGAAUCUCAGCUGCAUGAGCCUUGUCUCAUGGGGCUGCAGGCGCCAAGUGUGGCCCACGUUUCUUCAGAAGAACUGAAUUUUUCACUGCCUUGCGCCUCUGAGCACCCGGCCUAUGACGCCUCUGACGGCACCAGUGCGCUUAGAGUGCAUUCUUGGAUGUCUUUGGUAGAAGAUCCUUAUUUUCCAUCAUCACCUCCAAAUAGUGCUGAUUCUAAGAUGUCUUUUGAUCUGCCUGAGAAGCAGGAUGGAGCCACUUUCCCUUGUGCUCUGUUGCCAGCCUCUUCUACGACUCCCUUUUCUUAUUGCAACGCACAUGGUUCUUCAACUGCAAGCCCUCUGACCAGCUUUUCCCCACCGUUAAACCAAGAGACAGCUAUAGAAGCUACUUCUCCAAGAACAGAUGAGGACGAAAUCCCCCCACCACUCCCUGAAAGAACGCCUGAGUCUUUCAUUGUGGCUGAGGAAGCUGGAGAAUUCUCAGCAAGUGCUGCUGAACCUUUACCUCUGAUGAAGAUGAACACUGGAGCAUUGCUGGAACCAAGUGGAACAUGUGAAUCAAAUAUCCACAACUCUGUGGGACUUACACCAAGCAAGAAUGUGAAACUCCGAAGUCCCGCAUCAGAUCGACAGCAGGAUGAUUCUCCUCCACCUCCACUCCCAGAAAGAACUCUGGAGUCCUUCUUUCUUGCUGAUGAGGACUGUAUGCAGGUCCAACCCAUGGAAGCUCACUCUGCUAGCUCUCCUGAGACCACAGAGAGUGCAACAUCUUCUAAGCAAACACUGAAGACCCCUGGGAAAAGUUUCACAAGGAGCAAGAGUUUGAAAAUUUUCCGAAACAUGAAAAAAAGUGUUUGUAAUUCUUCCUGUCCAAGCAAGCCUACAGAAUGUGUUCAGCCAAAAAACUCCAGCUGUUUUUUGAAUUUUGGUUUUGGAAAUCGAUUUUCAAAACCCAAAGGACCAAGAAACCCACCAUCAACUUGGAAUAUUUAAUAUACCUCUGUACUUAUAAGAACAUUGCUUGAAAUUGUGCCUCCAAAUUAAAAUACUAGAAUACUGCUAUAAUAAUAUCAAUAAUGAAGAUAUGUUGUCAAUGGCUUUUAA